ACUGUAAGCACAACAGAUCCUCAAUAAUGAAAAACUCAAUCAAUAUGUUCAAAUUCGCAGCUGUUAUUUUUGCCAUCAUCGCCUGUGUUGCUGCCAAGCCUGGACUCCUCCUUGGCCAAACAUUGGCAUAUUCCGCUCCAGUUGUGGCUGCUCCAGCUGCAGUUGUGGCUGCUCCUGCUCCAUAUGUGACUGCAACGAGUAGCCAAGUGAUUGCCCGCAACUACAAUGGUAUUGCCAGUGCUCCUGUGAUCGCUCCAGUUGCUGCUCCCGUGAUCGCAAAGUAUGCUGCUGCUCCUUUGGCCGCUCCUCUGGCGUAUCACGCGUACUCCUCCCAGUUCAUACUGUAAGAUGGUUUCAAAGCCGGCAAGACUGAUAUCAAGUUGAAUAAAAAGCUCUAUGACUUAUCCACUAA